AGUGUCGCAGCGCGGCGCAGGGAGGCGCUCGGGCGGCGCCGCCGGUGGCUCCGGGUGGCUCCGGGCCGCUCCCGCCCGCCCCGCCCCCCGCCCCGCUCCCGCCGCCCCCGCCGCCCCCGCCAUGGGCACCAGCGGCUCCAAGUCGCGGGGGCUGUGGCCCUUCGCCUCCCCGGCGGCGGGCGGCGGCGGCGCCGAGGGCCCCAGCGGGCAGCAGGCCCUGGCCCGAGCGCGGGCCGCGCGCGCCGCCACCCCCUUCGUCUUCACUCGGCGCGGCUCCAUGUACUAUGAUGAAGAUGGGGAUCUCGCUCACGAGUUCUACGAGGAGACAAUCGUUACCAAGAACGGGAGGAAGCGCGCCAAGCUGAAGAGGAUCCACAAGAACCUGAUACCUCAGGGCAUAGUGAAACUAGAGCACCCUCGCAUUCACGUGGAUUUCCCAGUGAUCAUCUGCGAGGUGUGAGUUGCUGGAGGUUGCUGCCCACGGGUGGGAGGCCCUGCCCCACCGCCCCCAGACUCUCCAGACAAGACUGCCUCGUGUUCCCACUGCAGGAGGACUCUGAGUGCACGGCAGGGACAGUGGCUCUCCCCUCGCCUGGAGGUGAGGCAGGACGGAGUGGGCCAGGCUGGGCUUGGCUAGUGCUCCUUGCAGGAGAUGGGUGACCUUGUGCAACAACUGCUUACAAACAUCCUCGCUUGAGUCAGAAGACUAAAAUACCUUUUGUAGCCUCUAGCCGACGUUGGAUGGGUAACUGGAACUGCAAAUGAGCUGCUGUGUGGGAGCUGUUAAAGGGAGAGUGAGCCUGCACUUCUCACCAGAGAAGUUCCCCUGCUUCUCAGGUACACGGCCCGGGGGGAGCCAGGGCCAGCUGAGGCACUGCCUGGGGUCCCUUGGGCCCAUUGGAGAGAUGGCCAGUGUUGUGGUGUGUCGCUGGACACAGCUGUGGUGUGCUGCUCCCCUGGGCAGGUCUGUUGGAGGAGGAUGAAGGGCUGAGGGGGUUCAGUCUCAAAGCACAUUUGGCUGCUGCUGCGCUCCUCUUGGGAAGGGGACGGAGAUCAGAUGCCACUGUCAUGGACCUCAGUCUCUUCCCUCUGUGCGUUUCCCCAUUUAUACUGGCUCUGGGAAGGUUGGCUUCACUGCUGCUUGCAGGUCUCAGCAGCCUGUGGUCACUGCUGGUGGCAGCGAGGUCCCCAGCUCUGCAGCAGACUUGUCUCCUCUGUUAGCAAGCUGGCUCCUUCUGAGCAGUGUCCCUUGCCCACUGCAGGGCUAAGCCGCUGGGCAAGGCAUCUCCUUGUGACAUCCUCAUCCCCCACUGCUGUCUUGGAUGUACCUACUGGUGGGGUGGGCCUUGACAACACCAAGCAGGAAGGAAAUCAUCUCUUUCCUCCAUGUCCCCUGAAAACAAUCAAUCGGUGAGCCUGCCCAGCCUGGAAAUCUCCCUGGUGAUGUGAGCUAUGGUUCCUCCUGCAUCCCAGUUGGUGGCAGGAGGAGAAACAAUGCACUUUAAAGGGAGGCUUUCUGCUCCGUCUUGGAAGGUCUUGCUCUUUUCUC